AUGGCUAUUGAUGCUCAAAAGAUUCCGCUGACCAUCCUGAUCUUGGUCAUUUUCUUUUUUUGGAAAUUCUUUGCCGGCCCAAAGACCAAGGCUGUACUAGAUCCGAAGAGAGACGAGUUUCAAUCAUUUCCGCUGGUUGAAAAGACCAUCUUGACGCACAAUACUUCGUUGUACAAGUUUGGUCUACCCCACGCUGACGAUGUUCUUGGUUUACCCAUCGGUCAACAUAUCGUGAUCAAGGCCAAUAUCAAUGGUAAAGAUAUUACCAGAUCGUACACACCCACUUCGCUGGAUGAGGACACCAAAGGAAGCUUCGAAUUACUUGUCAAGUCGUACCCCACCGGGAACGUUUCUAAGAUGAUUGGCGAGUUGCGGAUAGGUGACUCGAUCCAGAUCAAGGGUCCUCGUGGGAAGUACCGUUACGAAAGAAACUGCCGUUCUCAUCUAGGAAUGAUUGCGGGCGGUACUGGAAUCACACCCAUGUACCAGAUCAUGAAAGCCAUUGCCAUGGACCCUCACGACGUCACCAAGGUAUCCAUGGUCUUUGGUAAUGUCCAUGAGGAGGACAUUUUGUUGAAGAAGGAAUUGGAAGCGUUGGUGGCCAUGAAGCCAUCACAAUUCAAAAUCGUUUACUACCUGGAUUCUCCAGACCGUCAAGACUGGGCCGGUGGUGUGGGAUUCAUUACCAAGGACGUCAUCGAGGAACACUUGCCCGCUGCUACCGUGGACAAUGUUCAAAUAUUGAUCUGUGGACCUCCUGCCAUGGUUGCUUCCGUUAGGAGAAGCACCGUGGACUUGGGUUUCAGACGUUCCAAACCGCUUUCUAAGAUGGAGGACCAGGUGUUUGUGUUUUGA